GAUACGGUAUUAGCCUAAACUUUUCUGAACUACGGGAUUGUUUAGAUCUCCUCGAUGAGGACUCAGAGUUGAUACAGGAAAUUUGUGACCCUGAAUCUGAAGUAGAUCUUAACAGAAGAAACUACGUGAAAGUGAAAUCAAAAGCUUCUGAUAACGUUUUUAAAGUGCGGUUUACUUUAGUACCUACAAGAGAUGACCAUGACUUUUCUAUAACAAGUGUUGAACUUCGGGAAGGACAUUCUAAUAAUGAAGGGAAAGUUUUCAUCACUCGCUCCGAUGGACGAUCCGGAUAUCUUUGCGGAUAUAUCAAUUUUGGAGCAUCAAAUGUUAUCUGUCGGAUGGCUGGAUUUGGGUCCCCUUCUCUUCACUAUCAAACAAGAUUUGGUUCUACAGACGAUAUAAAUACAAAGGAUAUAAUAAUGUAUGAAUUAGAAUGUGACGGACAAGAGGAGAGUAUAAUGAAAUGUAAACGUCAGGAAUGGAUGGAUGUGUGCCAAGGCGACUUAUGCUCGUGCUACGAUAAAGACGACUUCAGGGGCGUAAGAUGUCCAUUGAAGACGGCACAAUGUACUUUUGUUGGUUAUGACUGUGGCUAUGAAUAUAACAAUUCACUGGUAAAACAUUUCAGAUCUCAGAAGUUUGGUUAUGGUCUGCACAUGACUGGGUCGUCAAACAGUGUCACAGAAAUUCGCUCUCCUCCCUUUACAUACACAUCAGACUAUGUGGUAACCUUUGGCUAUUCAUUUGAAGGAGUUCCGGGAGAGAAUUUGGCAUUGGCAUUGACAGCUAUAAAUGAAUCUGGAUCUGAAGAUCUUCAGAUAUGGCAAAAACCACAUUAUUCUCUCGAUGGUCGCUACAUCGCAUGUGUGGACCUACCAGAAAGUUUAGUGGGGCAAGUAGUUCAGAUGAUAUUUACAAUGAAUAUGCGACAAGCAUAUGUGUCAAACAAUGAACAUACAAUAGGUUUACAUAAUUUGACAAUAAGGGCGGACAGAUGUCCAGAAGAAUUCCCCAAAAAUAAAUGCACGUUUACAAAUAUUAAUAUCUGCCAGAAAUUAUUAUCAAACAUCUGUACAAAUGACAGUUUUGGAGCAUCCGUUUGGAAUAUCAAAGACAACCGUUUAGAAGGCAACUCCGCAUACGCUAUGCAAGAUGAGGAUUAUUCUGUUACAUUCACGUCUUCAACAUUAGACACAGGCUCGAAUCUGCGGUUCAAAUAUGAUCUAAAUGGCGUCGGCGUAAACGGAAAUGAUCUGAAUUUCAGAGUUGACUUCAAGGCCGGUUCAAAUGACGUAAAAACAAUAUAUUCGAACAGCGAUUUCAAACAGAAAGAAGAAAUAUGUCUCCAUUUACCAACAAAUGUAGACGAGCGUUUUCGAGUUGAUUUUGUUCUUAGAAAAUCUUCCUCAGAGGGCCUUAUUUCACUCGACGACAUUGAAUUGAGUGAAGACCUUUGUCCACAUCCUAUAUCUUGUGACUUCGAAGAGAGAAGAAUGUGUGACUACGACAUAGAUAACCAGGGUGCUCUUUCCUGGCAUUGGGUUUCCGUAAAUGAUGAUCACACGUUUGGAGGUCAAUCUAUAGGACAUGUGGUACGGAUAGAUGCAGCUCGAAUCCUUCCAGCAGUUUUUUCAACGCCAGUUGCCCAACUACGUUCUUCCGACACCAAAUACAAAUGUCUCGCAUUCUUUUUGAAAAGCCAUUAUUAUACUGAGCGCGCACAUAGACUCGAUGUCAGUGUGUUCUAUCCAAACACUAAUGAAACAUUCACAAGAGAAAUAGCGGUGCUAAUUCCUUUUGUUUGGCAAGAGAUUAAUCUGAAAGUGGAUCCAGACAAAGUGGAAGCCCAGUUUUCUUUCAAAGCAACGUAUCUGCAUGGACUUCCUUUGAUAAACUCUUUAGUUGUCGACGACAUUGAGUUACGUGCUACACAAUGUAAAGAUGGCUUACAAGAUCUUGAAGAGUGUGACUUCAGUAACCCAAUACUUUGUGCAUUUGAGAUCAACUGUACAAUCAACUCUGGAUACAGCUGGCGUAUCUACUCGGCAGAAACAAAUAGAUAUAUCACAUCGCCCGGCAUUAAUAUUUCGCCCAGCAUUAACAUUACCGACGGGCCUUGUAUGUUUUUGGACAGUUCGUUUGGGGCAAAAGGACAUGAAUCAUUUCUAUGGUUCAAGGUUGAUUUGAAUGACGUAAAGGAUGCUUAUUAUACAUUUUCAUACUACAUGAGCGGUGAUGGGACCGGGAUGCUACGUACAUUCUACAGUCUGGCUGACACCAACUCUUACAGUGAUGUAUCAGUUGUAGAUUUCAAAGUUUCUGGUAUUUGGUUGCAGUCGGAAUGUUAUGAGCUUCCACGCUCUUUUCAAGGAGAAAUUUUCUUUCACGGUAUUAGAGGUGAUUCAGCAGUUAGCGAUAUUGCCAUCGACAAUGUCAAGAUAACAAGAAGAAGCUGUGAAGUUCCAUCGGUUGCUUGUGGGUUCAAUGAAAGCACUUGCGGUUAUAAACCUGUAAAUUCUGUGUGGACUUUAGAAGAUGGCUAUAUACUAACCAAACGUCAAGGUGCGUUGACCUUACCUAUACAUACAAUAAAUGACCAGGAACAUGUCUGUAUAGCGUUUGCUUUUGAAAGUGAUAACACAAAUGCAUUGAUAAUAGAGACUGCAAUAGGAUCAGAGCAUACAAAUUAUACAUACACAGUGUACUCGGAUGGGAAGCAACGUGGCCAAUUAGACUAUCGACCGGAAAUGGACGAGGUGAAGUUCGUUGUUCCUGGUGACUAUUUGAUGAAGAUUGAUCACGUGACUACUACAUCCGGCCAGUGCGAGGAAUUAAAUUGUGAAAAUGAAGAAUUUGUGUGCCCCCUACAAUGCAUUCCAGCCGAAUUAAAGUGCGAUCGGAAAAUUGACUGUGACCAAGGACAGGAUGAAGAGGAUUGUGGUUUUGGUAUUGCUUGCAAGUUUGACAGUAGUAAUGACUGUGGUUAUGCAGCAAUGUCUGGAUCUAAAACAAAAUGGUUGGUGAAAGAAUCACAUUCGUUUAUUCUGAACGGAACGGAAAUGACUGUGAAUGGUGGAAUGUUGUAUACAAAUCUGAAAGGGCAGCCUCUUUUGUCUUCAUCGUCUGCUAGGUCAACGUGGGAAAGAGUGAGGGGACCAUCUUGUAUCAGAUUCAAGUACCUUGGCACGGUUCCAUUCCUAGAAGUCACUAUAACUGACAAGGAUAGUGGCAAACAAACGACUUGGAAUGAUACAAUGGCUGAUAUGACGCCAUCGAUAUGGAGGAUCGGACAAUUAGAAAUAGAGAAAGAGAUGAUUUCAGAUACAGGCGCAUGGAUUAUGCUUAACUUCACGGCAUCUUUGUUAUUUACUGAUCAUACUGUAAAAAUUGAUGAAGAUCCAUUUAUUGCAAUCGAUAAUAUUGAGCUGUUAGAUGGAAGUUGCAAAAAUCAAAGCCCGCCAUCUUGCCCUGACAAUGCGCCUCUACAUUGCGAUGGUUAUAGCCAUUGUUACACAACUGAGUUACAUUGUGACAGAAAGACGUAUUGCCCUACUGGUUCAGAUGAAAGCUUUAACACAUGUGCUUCAGAGUUCAAAAUAGAGUGUGAUUUUGAACGUGAUACACUAUGUGGCUAUGAAAUAACCUCAAAUAGAUUCAAGAAAUGGAAGAGGGUUAGAGGGAACUGGUACCAAAUACCGCCUUUUGAUCAUACCAAACAGGAUGAAAGUGGCCACUUCCUGUUAUUUGUGAACUGGGAUAAUAACCACGUGAGAUAUGACAUUACAACAGCUAUAUCACCAGCCCAGAUAUUUCCAGAAAACGGAUGUGUUACCUUCUGGUACUAUCUUAACAGCACAGCUGUACAACCGACAGGAUUGUCGGCCCAAAUCAUGGUAUCCCUUAACUAUGUUGAUACAGCGAAAACAGAAUUUGUUUGGUACGACUUAGUGAAUAGACCUAUUGACGGUUGGAUAUUUGGUAACUUUGAGGUUCCAGAAAACCAGAAACUAUCCGUCAACUUUACUGCAGUUACAAGCGAAACAUUCCUGGCAUAUCCAGGGGUGGUUGGACUUGAUGAUGUAUCCUUCACUACGGGAAAAUGCCCUGUUUCCCAAGAAUGUUCAAAUAGAAUGUUUUCAUGCAAAGAGUCUGGUACGUGUAUACCAAAGACAUUUAUAUGUGAUGGCAAGUACGACUGUCGCGAUCAGUCAGACGAACACAACUGUGACGAUCGGCCAAAUGGUACAUUUCAACUUGUUGGUGGAGAUGGUACAUACGGACAGCUACAGUACUAUCUUGGUGGAUCAUGGCGACAAGUUUGCUUCCCUCCAGAUUCAUCUCGCGCAGAUGACUUCAGUUACAUAGCAUCUCAGAGGGUCUGCGAGCAGUUGGGCUUCUAUGGCAAAUCAGAGGCGUUUGAGUACAAGUUACUGCACACAAUAACGAAACCUGUCUCUCUCACGUGCGAUGACGAGAAGUGUUCGCAUACCUUGUGUUCCGUAUCGUAUACAGCUACAUUUGCCGGUAUUAAGUGCUCAAAUUCAGCUUGUUUUUCCGGAACAAAGCUUUGUCCGGGAACAGCCGAUGUUUGCAGACCUUCCAGACAUUUUUGUAAUGGAAAUCCAGACUGCCCUAACAAUACUGAUGAAACCGAAUGUUGUUGUCACGAAGGGGAUGAACAUUGUACUAGAACUCCUGAUGAAUCUAAAGAUAAAGUUUGCGUGACGUGCAAAGAGAAAGGCAUGUUUGAAUGCCAGAGUCAUCAAUGUAUUAGCAAAGAUAAAGUUUGUGACGGGAAUAAAGACUGCGUUGAUGGCACGGAUGAGUACAGAUGUAUUGAUGUGAAAGAAGAUGCUGUGACUGUUUAUUACAACUCAGAGAUGAUUCCAGUUUGUUAUAAUAAUAUUGGCAGGCUCGAAGCAGAGGCACUGUGCUACUCGUCCGGAAGAGGAUUACUGGUGAAUCGUGGAAUUCAGCGUGGUUACACAGAAGUGAAUGGUGUUAUGCUUAUAAAAAGUAACUUGGCUGGAACUAUUUUACCUGGCUUAGAUUUUGGUCAAAGAAGAUAUUGUUAUCCACUGAUAUUAAAAUGCAAGCUUCCAGAUUGCGGGACUUCGUCAAUAGUUGACAAUUUCAUAUCACCAUUAAUACCACACGGAAAUGAGGCUGUUUUAGGAGCUCGGCCUUAUCAUGGAAGUCUGCGUAAAAAUAAUAAACUACACUGUGGCUGCACGGUCAUCGGUGGGCAGUGGGUGUUAACUGCUGCACAUUGUGUGGAGUACAGCGUGGCUUACGCCUACACAGUUAUACUUGGGUCAAUAGAAUCUGACAAGGUUGGGGAACAUGGCCAGCAGUUCAGCGUAAUAGAUAUAGUCAGUCAUCCACAGUAUAAUGCAGACGAUGUAACCAAAGGAUAUGACGUCGCUUUGUUAAAACUUGCGCAUGCACCGAACUUUGAUAAUUACACGAGGCCUGCUUGCCUAGGCACGAAGACCAGCUGGCAGUACAUACUUGACCUAGGCGACAAAGCUGAAUGUUAUAUUACAGGGUUUGGAGCUAACGAGCUUUAUUUAGCAAGAGAUGACAAUUCAGAUAAAGUGUUGGAUGAAUCUCGAGUUGGAAUCAUAGACAGAAAAACAUGCCAAGAAAAAUACACUGUAACAGGCUCUGGAAAUGUAUCACAUGACGGAAUAUGUGUAGAAAACAGAACACCUUACCAGGCAGCAUGUUAUGGAGAUAGCGGUGGACCUUUAGUUUGCAGAAACGAAAUAGGGCGGUGGGAACUAUUUGGCGAUUUAAGCUAUGGAUCAUAUGACUGUACAUAUGAUACCCCUUCCGUCUAUUUUGCUGUGACGUCACAAAGAGAAUGGAUAAAGAGUGUAACAGGACUUCAAUUUCCAGAUGACUAUGGGCCAGUGUAUGACAGCGAUGAUGUUCCAUAGUUAAUAUGCAACACCUCUUGAUAUGGACUAUUUAUUGAUACUUCAGGGGCAAUAAAUUGUGAAACAUUUAAAAAAUAUCAGUAUGAUGGUUAAUGCAUGCAGACAUAUAUAGUUUUCAAAGCAUCCCCUUAAUUGCUGUACCUAAGAUCUUUCUCUAUCAAGUUGGAUGCAAAAACUUGGAAAUAUUGAAAAAGAAUUGCAAUUUUAUGACGAAUGUUUCUUGGAUAGUGUUUUAACACUACUAGAUCUAUAUAAUUAUGUGUAUGUAAAAAUUUAAAAAACUCACAAUAUGUGGACAAUAUAUGGAAUCAAGAAUUAUAUAUACUCAUUUAUUGUAAUGUAGUACACAGUUUUCCAUUGGUCAGAAUGGCAUAAUAUAAAUUGUGCAUGCCAUUCUUUUUAUUUCAUUAAACUGGCAUGCCUCUACAUGAGUAAAUUGAAAUACUUGACAGUUGUUUUUUGUUUGUUUUUUUCCACUCAUUACACCAUUUUUUCAAUUAUUCAUAAAAAUUUUUAUUAAAUAUAGAAGGUUUUUCUCUUUUACAUCAUACUUGUAAUUGUAUUUUAAGUUUGAAAAUGUGUGAAGGAAAUAUCCCUAUCAUUCGACAUUAAUUGUUUAUAACAAAAGAAUUUAGGCAAAUUAAUUUAGCCAUAUACAUUUUUUUCUAUUAUGUGUACUUAAAAACAAUUUUUUUUAUUAAUAUAUCCACUGACUAUUUAUAAAUCCAUGGCAAUUGUGCUUUUGUAAAAUAGAUAAGAUGCUUGUGUUUGACCUUGCUUUAAAUGUUGCUAAUUUCAAUUUGCCAAUAUGUUACACACAACCUGAAAUAGUGUGGCGAUAAGAAAAAAUGUGCAAUUUGUUGUAUAUGUUAUUAGAAAUUUGUGUGCUUAAAUAUGUUUAUAUGUUGUUCAAAACAAUGUAUUGCAAUUAUCUAUUUUUAAAACUUACAGUGUGAUUUUUUAUACAGAUUGAUUUUUUUAAUGUUGUCUUAUACAAUUUAUGCCAUGUUCUUAUAUGUUUCAUGUAUAUUAUUUUUUUCUUAGAGAUUUUUCAUCCCUUAUUUGUUCAAGAUUUGAUUAAUGAAAUGUCAUUUUAUUUUAAUACUUGUGUAUAGAAUUCAUUUAAUAAAUACAGUUUUAUAAAA